AUGACCAACUUCAAUAUCCAAAUCAUCUCCGACACCGUGUGCCCCUGGUGCUUCGUCGGCUACCGCCGACUCACGCGCGCGAUAACUGCGCACCAGAACAGCUACCCAAAUGACACCUUCAAGUUAACCUGGAAAGCCUUCUACCUGAAUCCCGCCGCGCCGCAAUUCCCCGGCGCGAACAAGCAGGAAUGGUACAGCUUGAAAUUCGGCGCUGAGCGUGCCACAGCCAUGUUCAAGCGCUUGUCCGCCGUGGGCGAGGGCGAGGGGAUAAACUUCAAGUUCGGAGGGAAUACGGGAUUGACGCGAGACUCGCACCGACUUUUGUGGUAUGCUGGUGAAGAGGAAGCGAAGCACCCUACUUCGUCGGGCAUUGGGGGACUGCAGACUCGGGUUGUGGAGAAGUUGUUUGCGGCUUAUUUUGAGGAAGAGAAGAACAUUACCGAUCCUCGGGUUUUGCUGGAGGCUGGCGUCAAGGCGGGUUUGGAUCGGGAGGCUGUGAUGAAGUUGCUUGACUCUGAGGAUGGCGGUGCGCAGGUUGAUUCCGAGGCGAAGGCGGCGUCGAGGAGAUUGGUUACUGGAGUGCCGUUUUUCUUGGUGCAGGGAAAGUAUUCGGUGGAGGGUGCGGAUGAGCCGGAGACUUUCUUGGAGGUUUUCGAGAAGGUCAAGGAGGAUGAGUAG